AUGGAUGCCGCAGACGACAAGGCCGCAUCGAAAUCGUUCUGGCAGUUCAAGAGAAGCAGCAGCCUCAACUGCGAGAGCACUCGAAGCAAAAGCCUGAUCCGACCACUUCAAUUCCUCGCUCGCAGCAAUUCGACGGGUUCGGCUCCAAAUCCGAAAGAAACCCGUCAAAAACAUACGUUCCUGAAACAGCCAUCUUUGUCGAGAAAAUCAUCGGCAUCGAGUACGUAUUGCACUUACGGUAACUCGACACAAAGGCCGCCAUUAAAGAAGAGUUGUGGAGCACAUGGGAGUAGCGGUGUUCGAGUCAGUCCUGUUUUGAAUCUUCCGCAUCCGAUCAUUUCGAAUGUGAGUGCGAGUUUUUUGGGGUUGGGUUCUCUCUUCUGUAAUGGUAAGGUUAAAAGGAAGAAGAGAUGA